AUGAGGAACACAACAGAAUUUCAAAAUGCAACUUCUCUGAAAUUCAGUGGAACACCAGCAAAAGCUUUUUUGUCCAUGACACCAUGUUUUUUCUUCCUGUAUGUGAACAUUGUGAUGCUGUUCACACUGAGGUGCAAGGCAAUCUUUCAGGACACUUCCCGUUAUAUCCUCUUUGGCCACCUGUUGUUUUCUGACUCACUCCAUCUCUCACUGAGCAUUCUUUACUAUAUGUUUGCUGUGUCUAAAUUAUACUUUGUUAGUUACGUCUGCCUGAUUUUUGUCAUAUGUGGGGAGAUUGUUACCACAAUAUCACCUCUCAACUUGGCUGUGAUGGCACUAGAAAGAUAUGUGGCUAUCUGUUUCCCUCUAAGCCACGCAGAGAUUGCCACCUCCAGCAGAACUGGCAUUGCCAUCAUUAUAGUAUGGAUCCUGGGUUCACUAAAUGCUGUUUCAGAACUGCUGGUGUAUUUGAUUUAUGAGGUCCCCUCUGUUUCCAUGAGGGUUUUUUGCUCCAGAUACACCCUGUUUCAGUUGGUAAUAUAUAUUAAUAUCAAUACAGCAUUCAUUGUGUUUUAUUUUGUAACUGUGGGUAUCAUUAUAGUGUACACUUAUAUUGGCAUAAUUAUGGCAGCCAAGUCUGCUUCCUGUGAUAGUGUCUCAUUAAAGAGAGCAAACGGCACAGUGCUAUUACAUCUGAUCCAGUUAGGUCUCUGUCUCACAUCCACACUGUUUAGCAUGAUUAACACAACAAUCACUUGGCACAUGGAUCCUUUUGCUGUUAUACAGGUGCAGUACGUUUUGUUUCUUAGUCUCAUCAUCUUCCCUAGAUGUCUGAGCUCUCUAAUAUAUGGACUCAGGGACCAAGCUUUCAGUGGCCUUUUUAAAUACUAUUUCUGCUUUGGUCUCAGGAGCACAAUGAAGCCUACUGUCAUUGUAAAUUAG